CAAGCAAGCAGCUUUAGAUAACGAAGUUAAGCAAUUCACCAAAUAAGCAGUAAUGGAUGUACUAGCCCGACCGGCAGAGGAAUUCGUCAACGAUGGCAUGGUGGAGGAGCUGUGGGCCAUGAAAGCCGUCGAACAUGCCGAGGUGCACUUCAAUCUGCUGUGCAGCGUCGAUACCCGCCAGUUGCACCUAACACCGUACGAUAACGAGAUUUACGAAGAAUUCAGGAAGCACUUUCCGGACAUGAAUGUGGCCGUCAUCAACGAGAAUGAGCUGAAAAGCGUCGAUGAGAAAGCCAAGUGGCGCACGUACAUGGAAAAGUUCAACCGACUGGAAGAUUACAGCUAUGGAACGCUGCUGCGGGCGAACGCCACCGAUGAAUUCCACCCGGAGAAUGCCAUCCUGGUGGUGAGAAUUCAAUUUUGGGCAAUCGAAAUAGCACGGAACAGGGAGGGACACAACGAUUGCAUCCGGAAGAAGUUCAAGGGCCGCAGUAAAAAGGAGGAAUAAAGACGAGCCGAGCGAAAUGUGUAGCGUAUAUAUUUGAUACAU